AUGAUGAGUUCCUCCGGAUCUGCCAACUGCUGGCAGCUGGCGGUGGACUCGUAUGCGAGGCUACGACAAGCUCAUAUCCAACCAACUCGUGUCACCUGCAACACAGCCAUCGCCAUCUGCAGGCACUGGCAGCGGACCCUGUGCAUACUGUUGGAAGGAUCCAAGAUGAGUCUCUUUCCGGAUGUUAUCUCAUAUUGCUCUGUGAUGAGUGCCUGCGAGAAAGCAGCUCUGUGGCAAAAGGCAUUAUGCCUUUUCGCAGCGAUGACGGAUGACCAACUCCAGGCCACAAGUGUUUGCUACAACACUCUCAUCAGCACCUGUGGUUCGGGCCACCAAUGGCAGAGGGCCGUCAUCUUGUUCUACGAAUUUCUAGAGGUUUCUCUGGAGCUGGAUGCGCUGACUUGCAAUGCUCUUAUGACCGCUUUUUGCCGAGCUGGACGAUGGCAGCAUGCCGCAAACCUGUUAUUAGAGAUGUCGCUGUGGCUUGUGUCUGGUGAUAUUAUCUCACACUGUGCCUGCAUCUCCGCUUUCGAGCAAAGCGGACAGUGGGCAGGAGGUCUGGCAAUGUUGCGGACACUGCAUCGAGCCAUGCUGCAAACAAGCACUGUGGCGUAUACUGCUGCUGCCGGAGCUUGCGAAAGAUGUGACAGAUGGUUAGACUCCGUUGACCUUCUGUGCAGAUUGCAGCUGGCCGCGCUCUUUGCAAACAUGCCUGCCUACAGCACCGUGAUGAAUGCCUGCUCCACCGCGGGCCAUUGGCCCAAGGUGAUGCACAUCCUUCAAUGUGCCCAACGGACGACGCUGUUAGUUGAUGUCAUUAUGCGUGGUUCUGUCUUGAGUGCAUGCCAAUCCGGCACGCAGUGGCACUUGGCAUCUUCCCUCCUGGGCUCGGAGGUGCGGGAUGUAAACUGCGUGUUGUGCGGCUGCGCACUGGGCAGCUGCGCAAGAGCGGCGCACUGGCAGCGUGCGCAGCAGCUGAUGCAGGAUGUUGACGAGAGCGCUGUCGAGGCCAACGUCCUUCUAAAAAGUUCGCUGCUGAGCAGCUUUUCUCGUGCAUCACGGCCCGCGGAGGCUGUUAAGAUGCUGGAAAAGCUCUCGAUGGACUCUGGCCUUAUUACCUGA